AAGGUACAGCAACUUAAUCAAUGGAUGGUGUGGGUUGAUUUUCUAAGCAGAGGAUGUUUUUUAUUCGGAAGAGUACUGCAAGUGGCUAUGGAUGUAAUAGUUGCCACACUCACAUCAGUACAGUGGACACCAGAAGACACCUCUAUAGUCAAAGCUGCUUCCACAUCCUGUGGCACCUGUGGAAGAUGUUUUACCUUAAAACAUAAAGUGAAGACAGAAGGGCAUUACUGGAAAAGAUCUCUAAAAUCUGCUUAUCUAGCACAGUCUUCCAUGAAAGAUACAUUUAAUUGCUUAUUAAAUGGAGACAUCUUAGCAGAGGUAGUAAAGAAAAUAAACAAAAAUACCAGAAGACAACGGAAGGGUAAAAAUGGAUCACGGAGUUCUAAAAAGGUGGAUCAAGCGGAUAUUCUAGAAUGGAUUGGAGGAUUGUUAUGGAGUGGACUGAUUGGAUUUUAUGAAAGGCCAACAAAGGAGUUCAUAAACCUCUCAAGGAAACGGUAUCGUCAGCUAACCUCAAAUGGGCAGCUCCAGGAUAUGUUCAUUAUGUUCGAUACGGCAACAAAAACUAUCCCAACUUUUUUCCAGGAAAUGAACAAAUUACAGGAAAAACUAGUUUUAAAUUUUAGGACAAUGUUUGAGCCGGGUCAGACUCUUUGCAUAGAAAAAUAUAAAGUAGAUUUCGGUACAUUAGAUCAUCCUAGAGACUUACGGGUGGCCUUGUUGGUGGACAAAGAAACAGGUUUUAUCUGUAAUUUUUUUAUAUACUCCAUCUUUCAUUUAUUAAGUGAAUCGGAAUAUAUCCCAUUGAUAUACAUUAUCCGCAAACUCCUCAACCCCUUCUAUAACCAAAAUUAUACGGUGGAGAUUGACAAUUCAGCUCAUAUAGAUGAAACCAUCAUUGGGGAAUGUAGAAAGCUUGGGAUACGGCUAGAACCUUUUCCUUGGUUUGGGGAAAGCUCUCAAUUAGCAUAUAGAGACCAAGGUGGUGAAAACAAUAUCUAUUUUUCGGACUGGGAAGGCUAUUUAGUGUUUCCACUUAAUGGAAAAGAUCAUCCUUCAUUCAUGUUCUUGGUAUACUUUUGGCUUCUGGUUCACAUUUCUGCCAUUAAUGCUUUCACGCUAUAUUCACUUAAAAAUAGGAAGUCCAGUGAAGAUUUAUUACUUGAGGAUUUUGUAGAACUUCUCUCUAAAGAGAUGAUUCAAGUUUUUGUUCGUCCAGAUUCUUCUCAGUGUGGUGAUAAUAGUGAGGAGGAUCAGAAAACAGUCUAUAGUAGAGGCAACCAGCUACACAAAAAUGCUGAGACAUCCAGUGGAUCCACUAAGCAUUCCCAACACAAGUCAAUGAAAGAAAAAGGAGUGACGGGACUAAGUAAUCUGGGGAAUACGUGCUAUAUGAAUGCAGUUAUACAAUGUCUCAACUCUACCUCCCAACUAGUUGAAUACUUAUUUUCUUGGCAGUUUGAAAACUUAAUUGCUAGGAAUAAAAAGAUAUUUGUGAACGCCUUUGCUAAGCUUGUGGCAGACCUAUGGUUUGGUGAAUCCCAGUCUGUGAUACCAGAAGACUUUUGGGGUACAUUGUGUGAAAUUCACCCACCUUUUUGGGGGGAAAGUCAACAGGAUGCACAGGAACUGCUCAUAUACACUUUGAAUGGAUUACACGAGGAUCUAACAAAUACUACCAACAACACAUCCUCUAACAUGGUGAAAGGUAUUAUUAUAAGGCAUACCAUAAAGAAUGCUUCCAAUACUCCAAUCGCACGCUUAUUCCAAGGGGUUCUUAGCCAGACAACAAUUUGUAUGGAGUGUGGAAGGAGAAGUUACAAGGAGGACAUUUUUACUGUACUUUCACUUCCCAUACCUUCUGGAAAUGGAGCAUCUUUGAUGCAAUGUCUACAGAGCUUCUUCCAACAAGCCAUGUUGACCAGCACAGAUAAGGUAUUCUGCCGAUACUGUAAAACCAAACAGGAUGCUACAGUUGAAGUGAAGAUAAGCAAACCACCAAAGAUUUUAAUUCUACAUUUAAAGAGGUUUGAACAUCAAGGCUGGGUAAGAAGGAAGCUGAAAACCAAUGUAACUUUUCCUUUGACCAAUUUAGACACAUCUCCAUUCGUAACAUCGUAUAAUGUUAAACCCCCAGACUACCACCUAUAUUCUGUUGUGAACCAUUCUGGAGAGCUUGAGUCUGGCCAUUACACUGCAUACUGCAAGCAUCCUGGGACUAAAGAGUGGAAUGCCUUUGAUGAUGCCAAGCACUUUAGGAUUACAGAAGACAAAGUGCAAAGUCCAUUAGCCUACAUCUUGUUUUACACUACCCAAGCAUUUAACAUGCCAAAAAAGACAUCGUCCUCUACAUUCUGAUGCUGGACUUUUAUUCACACCAUGUGGAACUGUACCAAAUUGGAAGACUUUCUCUUAGACUGAUGAAAUUAUAGGGAAAUUUGUGAAGAAAAGAAAAGUCCAGGCUAGACCAAUGUAAAGACUGUCAUACCUAAAGUUCAGCUUUAAAGGAGAAGUAUGGCCAAACCCUUUACCCCUCUAAACUUAGUUUGGCAAUCCGGUGACUCAGAUUCGGCCGUCAGCAGGCUUUAGCUGACGUCACAGAGCUUCUCCAUGCUCUGCAGGGAUACAGACAAUAUUGUCAGGAUCUGCCCAGAUGCCUGACUGGCAGCUGACUUAGACUCUCCUCUUGCUGCUUAGAGCCUGAGCCAACUGUUCCAAAACACUCCACAGGCCGGCAUUACAGUGAGCGCUGGGGGGGCAGAGCAGAGAGUGAUGACAGUCACCGCUCUCUGCUCAGAGUAUUCAAUGGUCUUUGAUUGCUCAGUUCUCAGAGCUGGUGGGAGACAGCUGCAGCAUCGAAUUGAUGCUGCCUCCACAUAGGGAUAUGUUUAUUUUUUCUUAUCCCGUGCCUCUUUUUUAAGAAAAGAGUACAAAAAAACUUGAUGUAACAACAGCAAGAUAUAAUUAUGGGGAAGUGUGUGGAAAAAGGAUAUGAUGAGGAGAAACUGAAACAAUUGACAUGGUGGGUUGGAAAAGGUUACAGAAGCGGAAGGAAUAAAAUGGAUGAUCAAAAAAAGAAGAGGGAAUAAAUUAACUUGUGAUAAACAAAAAAAAACAAAAAAAAAAAAAGAAAUGAGUAUAAAAUAGUCAAAAAAUAUAUCUUUACUAAUGAUGUAAAACCAAAUAGAGACGCUAUGCGGGCUGGCCAAAAUAAAAGCUGAGCGCUCUAAGGAAACUCUAUGAGGUGGAACCUGAAGUAAAGGGG